CGAGUCUGCAAAUACUUCUUUGUUAACUCGGCAAAUACAUCUAUAAUACCAUAUAAAUUGUCAAACACAGGAGCCUAAUCUAAUCUUUGUUAUUCAUCUGAGAGAGAGAGAGAGAGAGUGAAAUGCGAUUAUGGAGACGAUGACAAAGCAAGCUCUGAGAUUUGCAGAGAAUUUAACGCUCCCUCCUUUUCAGGUGGUUGUGAUGAGUGCCAACAUGGGCUGUAUACAUUGUCGCCAGAGGGUCUCCCAAGUUAUUUCCAAGAUGAACGGUUUGCUGGAGUACGUGGUAGAUGUACACAAUAAACAAGUGAUCAUGAAGGGGACACUAACGGACCCCGAUCAAACUGAAAGAAUGGCGCUUCUGAACUUUCCCACCAAAUCCAAGAAGAACAAGUCCUCUUUCUCCUUGUGCCUCUUUGGUUCUACUUGCUUUAGUGCAUAGCUUCUUAUAUUAUUUACAUACACAUCUCUCUCUCUCUCUGAUAAUAUAAACAGAGGUUAGAUCUAGUUAAUGGCCCACCCGUGCAGCUCUUCUUAGGGAAUCCUCUCUACCCAUUCUGUUGACUUCAGGAUAGGGCGUUUAGGUGGCAACAAAUAACAAGAAACGCCAAAGAUAAGAAGGGGAAACAAUAAUUCCUGUCUCCGGAACAAAAAACAACACAAAAAAGGGUUACCAAAUGCUAAAUGCCGACCAACCAAACUCCGAGUGCAAUUUCAAGUCCAAUCAAUGUCAA